AUGGCUGCUCUGUGGACUCUCCCUCUGCUGCUCUCUGCCUGUCUGCAGGGAUGUCUGGCCCUGACCCCUCCCGACGAGCUCCCUCGGCCCCACAACCUGCCCCCCUCGCUGGGCUUCAACAGCAGCGAUGAUGGCGGCCCGUCCGUGGAUCUGCCCAUGGCUCUGAGGGUGUUCAGCGUGGACUACCACCAUGUGCAGGCUCCCUUUGAGAUCGUGCUGUGGAUCAUGCUGGCCUCGCUGGCCAAGCUGGGCUUCCACUGGUCCGGUCGAGUCCCGGCGGUCGUCCCGGAGAGCUGCGUCCUCAUCAUGGUGGGCCUCCUGGUUGGAGGGGUGAUCUAUGGGGUACGACACUCUGCCCCCCCAACCCUCAGUGCCGACGCUUUCUUCCUCUUUCUGCUGCCACCCAUCGUCUUAGAUGCAGGAUAUUUCCUGCCAGGGAGGCUGUUCUUUGAAAACCUUGGUACCAUUCUCUGGUAUGCAGUGCUGGGAACCUUGUGGAACGUGCUGGGCAUCGGCCUGUCGCUGUACGGGGUUUGCCUGCUGGCCCAGAGCUCUCUGGGAGACGUCUCUCUGCUGCACUGCCUGCUGUUCGGGUCCCUGAUCGCUGCCGUCGACCCGGUGGCCGUUCUCUCCGUCUUCCAGGAGAUGCACGUCAACGAGCAGCUGCACAUCUUGGUGUUUGGAGAGUCGCUGCUCAAUGAUGCUGUCACUGUGGUGCUCUACAAGUUGUUUGAAUCCUUCCUCCGGCUGCCGUCGGUGUCGGGGCUGGAUGUGUUGCUGGGGGGUUGCAGGGUGGUGGUGGUGGGUCUGGGGGGCCUGUGCGUCGGCCUCUUCUUCGGCCUGGUGGCGGCCCUCACCUCACGGUUCACCUCCAGAGCCCAAGUCAUCGCCCCUCUCUUUGUCUUCCUCUACUCCUACUUGUCCUACCUGACCUCUGAGAUGCUCCACCUCUCUGGUAUCAUGGCCAUUGUGACCUGCGCUGUGACGAUGAAACAGUACGUGGAGGCCAACGUGUCCGAGCACAGCAACACCAGCAUCCAGUACUUCUUGAAGAUGUGGAGCAGCGUGAGUGAGACUUUAAUCUUCAUCUUCCUGGGUGUGUCCACCAUCCAGGAUGUCCACAUGUGGAGCUGGCCCUUUGUCUGCUCCACACUGCUGCUCUGCCUCAUCUGGAGAGCCACAGGUGUCCUCCUGCUGACCGCUGUGGUGAACAAGCUUCGAAGAAACGCCGUCACCUUCCGAGAUCAGUUCAUCAUCGCCUACGGUGGCCUGAGGGGAGCAAUCUGCUUCUCCCUGGUCUUCCUCAUCGACGACUUCCCCAAGAAAAGGCUCUUCAUCACGACCACCAUCGUGGUCAUCCUCUUCACGGUCUUUGUACAGGGGAUGACCAUAAAGCCUCUGGUGGAGCUGCUUGAUGUGAAGAGGAAGAAGAGAGCUCUGCCCACAGUCAGCGAGGAGAUCCACAGCCGGCUCAUAGAUCACCUGCUGGCAGGAAUAGAGGAUGUGGUUGGCUACUGGGGGCAGCAUUACUGGAAAGACAAGUUUGAGCAAUUCAACAAGAAGUACCUUCGACGUUUCCUGAUUCGAGAGGAUCAUCAGGCUCGAUCCAGCAUCCUCAGAGUUUACCAGGAGCUGGAGAGGAGGGAGCAGAGAGGAGACGACGAGGCUCCGCCGCUAGUCGACCCUCGCUCCCACAGCCGUCCUCUCCUGCCAGAGGAGAUGGACAGCAUCAGGCGCAUCCUCUCCAGGAACCUUCAAAACUUCAACAACAAGCAGACACCGGCCUACAGCAGACACACCCUGCACCAGGACGCCACCGCCGACAGAACAAGGAAACCCCUUCACAGACACCAGAGUCUGGGAGAGAGACGCACUUAUAAUACAAUCACACACUGGCCACAGAUUGAGGAUGGAGAGUUCAGUGAGUCACACAGAGUGAGAGCAGGACUCAGCAGAUCUCACACAGUUUGCGCCAUAAGCCCGAGAUCCGUCCUCCAGGACUCCUCAACCUCGGCUCAGACUGGAUCAGUGGAUCCGAGACCUGCUGGAGAAGACCAGGUUUCUCCACAGCACCAGGCUCCUGCAGGAAGAGCCCCGAAGAAACAGCUCAGCUUUGUUUUGGAGAACGAGAAGCAGCAGUGA